UUUACGUAAUAAUCAUUAACUAAAGCCGCGUGCUCGUGUUAUUGCAGGAAUCGCGCUCGAGUAUGAUGAUUGUGUUUUUGAUGUUAGCGCCACAUGUUAUGAUUCGUCUCGUUAAUCUAAACACAUUAAUUCGUUCUGGCUUCCGCUAGCCAUUCAGUAGGCACUAGAGGCAGAGUUCGAGAACGUGUCCUUAAAGCUGGGUCGGGUAUAAUAAUAAGCAAGUUUUCUUAGCACCCAAAAACUCUAAAUAAGCAAAUCCGAACUGCCUCGCUCCCAGGCAAUAUCGCUUUGAUGUUAGUUUACUCUGGGCAUCUUCAAGAUCCUAUUGAUACUCCGCGAGUGCAUCCGAGUAUUUAGAACGUCGUCCUCGAUAUUUCCAUCAGAGCUGAUAUGCAUCUGUGUUUACUAACGAUACUACAAACCGUGGUAUCUCCCAUGACGUCGGUAAAAAUCACGAACACCAGUAUUUCGUUGAGCGGAUGCCUUCUCGAAAUCGGCCAAAGAUAUUUUAAAGAGCAAAAUUCGGUAAUGUUCUCUUUGCCGAAAAAUCUAACCGUUGGCGCUGAGAACGUGUACGAAAUUGUGAUACAAGAAUUGAUGACGAUGGACAAAUGGAGUUUCGUCAUCAAAAAUACGGGGAAAGAUUACAACGACGUUUUCCAAAACUUGGCUUUCGAACGGAUUUCGAAUUUUAUAUUUUUUGUGAGAGACGUGGAAAGAGACGUGGUUUCCAGAGAAUAUUCGCUGAACUCCCAAGGUUACUACGUGAUAGUUUUGAUUACUGCUGCAGAUGCAUGGAAAAAUAUAAACACUAUAGUCAAGUUGAUGUGGGAGCAACAUCUGACCAACGGCGUUAUUUUGUUGCCUAGUCAGAAUUCUUCGCAGACAUUUGACAUCUACACUUGGUACCCGUUCACCUCCGAGUACUGCGCGGAACCGCCAAAAAGAAUCGAAAUGCUAGACACUUGCUCAUACGGUAUUUUCACCAAAAAUAAAACUAUCCUAGAUAACCAUCUUCCAACCAGUCUGAACAACUGCACUAUAAAAGCCGGAUAUACUAACGUGCCACCUUACGUCAUAAACAUGAAGAAUAGAUCUCUGCACUAUAAAGACUAUCCGCACGCCAAAUACGGAAUCGAAGUGAAUUUGCUGAAUUUACUGGCGAAGAAGUUCCAGUUUAGCGUUUCGUACUUUAAAGCGUACGAUAGUGGAGAGAUAUAUAUGAACGGUACGGCUGCAGGUAACUUGUUAUCUCUGAAGCGGGGCAACAUAGAUGUGGCUCUAGGUUGCUAUGUGGUGACCGCUCCUAGAUCUUUUUAUUUCGAUGCUACCGACUCUUUCUACCAAGACGAUUUGGUGUGGUGCUUGCCCAGAUAUCCGAUCGUCACCAACAAUUUGGACAACCUUUCUGUAGAUGGGACGAGUCUUUUAGCUAUAUUCGGGAUGACGGUACUCCUAACUUGCAUAACCUGGAUAUUCGGAAUCCAGGCUAGCCGGAAAUAUGGGAUAUUCAAAGCCAUUUUUCAGGUGUACUGUUCUUUGAUCGGUGUACCCUUCAUGUACCAAAUACGACAUCCUUCUCUACGUUUCGUACUCAUCAACUCUGUCGUCUUUGGUUUCUACGUCAGCAUCAUCCUCCAAACCUUCCUGAUCUUCAAACUCGCGAACUUCGCAUAUGAAGAAAAAUACCAGACAUUGGAAGAUGUGUACAGGUACAACCUCACCACCUAUUUCCAACCGAACAUCAUCAGAUACUUCGAAGGAGUGGACUACGAGAUGGUCAAAGACAAAUGGAUAGAAUGUCAAGAUUACAAAAACUGUCUGAAGAAUGUUACUAUCAGGAGAAACGCUGCGAUAUGCGGCACUCAUACUAUUAUAAAGCAUAUUGCUGGUAAAACAGUAUCCAAAGACCAUGAACCUUUGCUUCACUGUAUGGACAAGAUCACUUCAUUGCCUAUGAACAUGCUCUUCAAGAGGGGAUUUUCAAUAACAGAACCUAUCAAUCUGCUUAUUACAAGAAUACACUCAGUUGGAUUGUUGAGCAAGUGGGUCAAAGAGGCAAAAUUGGGCGUGAAACCGAGAGUGAUGCCUAAUAUUACGUUAAGGAUCGAGAACGAUCCCAUAUUGAGAUAUCAUCAGUUGCUACCUGUCUUCAAAUGCUUUGUUAUGAGUUUGGUGGUUAGUGUUCUUAUAUUCCUCGGUGAACUUAUCUUGCACAAAAUGACAACUCAUCAAGAAUUUUAUAUCGAAUAAUAAUUCCGGACUGUUGAGGAAGUGGGUUGAAGAAGAAAAGUUACGAUAAAGAUUGAGAACGAUCCAAUAUUGAGAUAUCAUCAGUCACUACCUAUCUUCAAAU